AACAACUACCCUCAUUAAUUUUGUCCCAUGUACGUUUUUCUUCUAUUCUCAAGACCAUAAGAUGAAAAAUUACUAUAAAAAUUUCGUCCUUUGUGGAGAAAUAGAUUAUCAUUGCUUACUUUGUCAAGAAUCAUUUAAAAAUUUAGAAAGUGUUGAUAAACAUCUCAAAUGGGAGAAACAUCGAAAAGCAUUAAAAACUCAAGAAUACGCUUUUCGUUCGGAAUUCAUUUAUAAAGUUAGAAAUGACUAUUACUGUGAAGUUUGCAACGAACUUUCAAUCAACGUCUCAAAGCACAAAGAAAAAGAAUCUCACAAAAAUAACAAGACAAAUCCAGAAGGAGCUAUUAAGAAGAAACCUUUGGGUAUAACAAGAAUUGGGGAUGACACGAUUUCUAUUGAAAAUUUGAAAGUUAACCUUCUACAGUGGCAUGGCAUUAAAAAUGAUUAUUGCACACUGUGCAAAAGAACAGUUCGUAAUGUGUCCAUACACAUCACUUUGAAUGUUCAUAUAAUUAAUCUGAUCGGGUGUGAAACGAAAGCUUUUCAGGAGCAUUACUACAGACAGAUAUGUGACAAUAAAUUAUAUUGUUUCUUAUGCUGCCAAACAUUUCCUGACACGUCGUUGGAGACACACUGGACUCAACAAUGUGACGUCACAUUUAAAGCCCAAGUCGUAUUGAACGAAACCGAUCGCAAAUUGAUAAAAGGCGAUCCAGAACUAGAAAACGCCCUAUUUGCAAUUCAAAAAUUAUUCUUUGAUAUUGAUACUGCUAAGAAUAAAGCAGAAUGCUUACAGUGUAAAGAAACAGUGAGAGCAUCUCUUGAAGCUAUGCUCAAACAUAGAAACAAGCAUACAUCCAAUGAAACCGAUGAUUCAGAUAGUAGUAAAGAAUCAUAUGAAGUAAAAUUUUGCGAAGUCGUCGACCAUGGGAAGAGAAGGCAUGAACUCGCAGUGUUUGGGAAAUCGAAUUACAUAACCUUGAAUCGGGGGGGUAGUUGGUGUUAUUGUACAUUAUGCGAUGUUUACAUCUCAGCACACAUGAAACAAGCUAUUGAUCAUGUUCAAGGGUUGCGUCACAGAGCAUUCCUUGAAUAUAAAGGAGUUAGAAAGUCUAAACAUCAUGACGAACCUCCCCCAGUUAAAGUAAAAAUGGUGUCUUUCCUGUCGCACAUCUACAGAGUUGAACACAAUAGAACGUAUUACAUUAAAGAUCAUCUUCCUGUGGAUGAAUUAAGUUUCAUGCUUAUGAAAGAAAUAGGGAAGAAAGUCACGAAAGUAAAAUGUUUUGUUUGCGAAGUUACAAUAGAUAGGAAUGCUGCUACAGAGCAUUAUAAAACGAAAACCCAUAAGGAGAAAUUGCUGGCGAGUCAUGUAUUUCCAUCCGAAGAUGGAAUGGAGUUCGUUCGACUGAUCCGUCCAGACCUAUAUCACUGUGGCAUAUGCAACAGGGCUCUAGCAUUUUGGGAAUCAGUUAGAAGCCACGUUAGAACCUUGCCGCAUACGUUCAAUAAGAGCCAGAAGGUUCUCCAUUGUGAUGAAGCCCGUCAGAUGCGACAGAAAUAUGGAGUUCGGAGUAAACAUGAAAACAUUAAUUUUCAAAUGAAGAGGCUGGGUUUAUCGUAAAGUGUAAGAUCUUUUGAAGCAAGGAGUGGGUUGCUAUUUUUAAGUUUAUUUAUUUUUUUUGUUCUUUAGUCUAUCGUAGAUUAUGCAGCAUAAUAAUGUUGCGAUACGAACACGUUUUUGCAAAAAUAUGUUUAUGACCGUUUAUAGAUUGUUGUUUCCAUACUUAGUUAGAAUUUACUUCAUUUUUUCCUAAAGUGAAUUACUUACACUUUAGUAAAAUCUAAGCCACCAAUCAAUUGUUUCCUAUUUUAUUUUAGAUAGGGAAUGUACAGAUAUUAAUAUCUUUGAAUGAUUGGAUAUAGCUUAAAGAACUGUUUCACCUUAUAAAUUUGUGGGUAAUUUAAAUUAAACAUGAUUUUUGUCAUGAUCAUUGGUGGUUUACUAUAAAAGUUGAUUAAUAAAAAAAAAUCAAAA